UCUCGCCUUCUCUCCUCGCCUCGCCCUAUCCGUUCCUCGUUAUAACUCACCUUCCUCCCCAUCUCAUAUCCCCAAAUUUCACUUCGCUCGAAAUCCCCGAAUCCAAUCCGAACCGGCAGCGGCAGCCAUGACGCCCUCCGCCCUCGCCCACCUAGCCUCCGCCUCGCCGCUCCCCGCCUUCUCCCCCAAGCCCAGGGCGAGGCCCGGCUCGGCGGCGGGGCCCGCGCUGCGGCGGCUGGCGGUGGCGGCGCCGGCGCCGCGGGCGUACUUCUCGUCGUCGCCCAUGCCGUACCAGCCGCAGCCGCAGCAGCCGGCGGGGUACUCGUCGCACCAGGCGUUCGGCCUGGUGCCGAUGGUCAUCGAGACCACCUCGCGCGGGGAGAGGGCGUACGACAUCUUCUCGCGCCUGCUCAAGGAGCGGAUCGUGCUCAUCCACGGGCCAAUCGCCGACGAGACCGCCUCGCUCGUCGUCGCGCAGCUGCUCUUCCUCGAGUCGGAGAACCCGCUCAAGCCGGUCCACCUCUACAUCAACUCCCCGGGCGGGGUCGUCACCGCGGGGCUCGCGAUCUACGACACCAUGCAGUACAUCCGCUGCCCCGUCACCACGCUCUGCAUCGGCCAGGCCGCGUCCAUGGGCUCCCUCCUGCUCGCCGCCGGCGCGCGCGGGGAGCGCCGGGCGCUGCCCAACGCGCGGGUCAUGAUUCACCAGCCAUCCGGGGGCGCGCAGGGCCAGGCCACCGACAUCGCCAUCCAGGCCAAGGAGAUUCUCAAGCUGCGCGACCGCCUCAACAAGAUCUACCAGAAGCACACCGGCCAGGAGAUCGACAAGAUCGAGCAGUGCAUGGAGCGCGACCUCUUCAUGGACCCCGAGGAGGCGCGCGAUUGGGGGCUCAUCGACGAGGUAAUUGAGAACCGCCCCGCGUCCCUGAUACCCGAGGGCGCCACUGGCGUUGACCUGCCGCACCACAGCGCCGCUGGCGUCGGCGGAAGGGGCAGAGAUGUCGAGGAGCCCUCCGCGGUGUGAGCUGUGGCCGCAAAGGCAUGGAGCCUGAUGCUUUUUAUAACUUCAGAGCAUCAUCGUAUGAAUCGGGAAAGCAGAGGUUCCACGAUCACUUGUUCAUCCCAACCUGGAUGGGUGGAUCAUUGAAUUAUACCUGCACAUACUUGGUUUAGUCCAAAUGCAGGUAAUCGAUUUGUAUAUGAACACAAUUGGAUGAGACGGAGAUUCUGUAAGGUCCUUCAAAUUGAGGAUUCACCAAUUCACCAUAUCCACCUAUUCUGAUGUAAAUGGAUACCUUCUUACCGGUAUAUUCCAUAGUGACAUGUUUGAAAUUCCAUUCUUGUGUAUUUAUCUGAUGCCAUUUUGGUUA